UGUGCGGUCGGGCUGAGCAUAAUCUUGUGGAAUCAUUUAUAUGUUUUGUGUCCGGUAAUGGCGACGUUUGUGAGCGAACUGGAGGCGGCCAAGAAGAGUCUGAGUGAAGCUCUGGGUGAAAACGUGAAGCAAUAUUGGGCUAACCUGAAGCUCUGGUUCAAGCAGAAAAUCAGCAAAGAAGAGUUUGAUGUUGAAGCAAGAAGGCUCCUCACACAGGAAAAUGUCCACUCCCAUAAUGAUUUCCUGUUGGCUAUUCUUACUCGCUGCCAAAUUCUCAUUUCCUCUCCUGAAGGACCCAGUGCAUUAGGAAUUGCGGCCAAACCUGGAAAACCAAAGGGCAAGAAAAAGAUUCCAUCUGUUCGGCAGAAGUUUGAUCAUCGCUUCCAGCCCCAGAAUCCUUUGGCUGGAGCUCAGCAGUUUGUGAGCCGAGAUCCUCAAGAAGAUGAUGAGCUGAAGCUAUGUUCCCACACUAUGACAUUGCCCACUCGAGGGCAGCUGGAGGGAAGGAUGAUCGUUACAGCAUAUGAACAUGGGCUGGACAAUGUAACAGAGGAAGCAGUGACCAUUGUCAUCCAUGCUUUAGAGAAACAUCUAAAAGAUCUGUUGACAUCAGUAGUAUCACGUGACAAGCCUAUCGCCUCAAAGACGGACACUUCCGAUAUGCUUUUGGCUGCAACAUUAAUCCUCAACCUUACCUUAGGAACAGUGUGGCAACUUACAAUCAGCUUGCUGAAUGUCCCCCCGCAUUCUCCACUUCCUCUGGAAACCAGAACCCUGGAACUCAUGUACAUCCUGAUGAUGCUGAACAGCAAGCUGCCCUCUUACUAGCCUGUUCUGGUGACAACCUGCCUCCCAGCCUGCCUCCAGUUAAUAUGUAUGACCUUUUAGAAGCCUUAAAGAUUCACAGAGAAGUUAUUCCUUCACACACCGUAUAUGCACUGAAUAUGGAGCGAAUACUCAUGAAGCUUUGGCAUCCAAUUGAACAAGAGCUGCAGCAAGAUGUUAUUCACCGACAAAGAUUAACAGCCAAAGAGGGAUUAUUGUGCUAA